AUGCAUAUAAAAGCUGAGCUGUGGAAAAGUCGCCAAAGAUCUAUUGACACUCGACAAAUGUUCUUCACUGCCAUCCUAUUGUCUUUGAUCAAAGAUGCCUCUUCUUUUGCCAUUGGCACGGGUGUAGCACCCAUAGGCUGUGGUCCCGCUUGUGCCGUAAUUGUACCACCACCUCCACCACAACCUCAGUGGAGUGAGUGGGGUCCUUGGAGUGGCUGUAGUGCAUCUUGUGGUGGAGGUGUAUCUCAUCGAGUUCGAUUAUGCAAGGACCCAUGCAAUACUUGCUGUGUCGGAGUAGCGACGGAAAGUAGUACAUGUAACACACAACCCUGCUGCGAAUGGAGCUCGUGGUCACCAUGGUCAGAGUGUAGUGUCACAUGUGGAAGCGGAGGCACCACCUACCGUACAAGGCAAUGUAAUUGCGUGGAAGGAUGUGCCGGACCUUCUCAUGAACAGAUAUCUUGUGCUGCUGGUAUCCCAUGCCCUGAAAUUCAUCCACCAAUGCCAGUACUACCACCACCACCGCCGCCACCAACUCCAUCGACAAUAUGCAUCAGUUGCUAUCUCCCAACACCGCCUUGUUUGCUCUGUAGUGUUUACACUACGGGAUGGUCACGAUCACGGCUCUACGCUAAAUUGCUCAAGUAAAUCCCAAACUCGAUUUUAAAGAACAGUUGUUGUAAAUUAUGUUGUCUCGUGCAAUACAUUUUUGUGAUAUACGCCUUUCAUUUAACGAGUUCUACCCGACUAUUAUUGGCAAAAAGUGUUUGUGUUUCUGUCUUUUUUCUCGAUGGCGC